GUCACGUGGGCGGUGCGCGCUCAGUGCGGCUGCGCCGGCCGGUAGCUGCAGCUGGAGCGGUGGCGUUUGGAAGAGACGCGAAACUGGAUGGCUUCUACAGGGAGCCAGGCCUCUGAUAUAGACGAGAUUUUUGGAUUCUUCAGUGAUGGCGAACCCCCCACCAAAAAGCCCAGGAAGCUGCUUCCAAGCUUAAAAACUAAGAAGCCCCGAGAACUUGUGCUGGUGAUUGGAACAGGCAUCAGUGCUGCAGUUGCACCUCAGGUUCCAGCCCUGAAAUCCUGGAAGGGGUUAAUUCAGGCUUUACUGGAUGCUGCCAUUGAUUUUGAUCUUCUAGAAGAUGAGGAGAGCAAAAAGUUUCAGAAGUGUCUCCAUGAAGAUAAGAACCUUGUCCAUGUUGCCCAUGACCUUAUUCAGAAACUCUCUCCUCGUACCAGUAAUGUUCGUUCUACAUUUUUCAAAGACUGUUUAUAUGAAGUAUUUGAUGACCUGGAGUCAAAGAUGGAAGAUUCUGGAAAACAGCUACUGCAGUCAGUUCUCCACUUGAUGGAAAAUGGGGCCCUAGUACUAACUACAAAUUUUGAUAAUCUCUUGGAACUGUAUGCAGCAGACCAGGGAAAACAGCUUGAGUCCCUUGACCUAACUGAUGAGAAAAAGGUCUUGGAGUGGGCUCAGGAGAAGCGGAAGCUGAGUGUGUUACACAUCCAUGGUGUCUACACCAACCCUAGUGGCAUUGUCCUCCAUCCAGCUGGAUAUCAGAAUGUGCUCAGGAACACUGAAGUUAUGAGAGAGAUACAGAAACUUUAUGAAAACAAGUCUUUUCUUUUCCUGGGUUGUGGCUGGACUGUGGAUGACACCACUUUCCAGGCCCUCUUCCUGGAGGCUGUCAAGCAUAAAUCUGACUUAGAACAUUUCAUGCUGGUUCGGAGAGGAGAUGUUGAUGAGUUCAAGAAACUUCGAGAAAACAUGCUGGAUAAGGGGAUUAAGGUCAUCUCCUAUGGAAAUGACUAUGCUGAUCUUCCAGAAUAUUUCAAGCGGCUGACAAGUGAGAUUUCCACAAGGGGUAGAUCAGCAGGGAUGGUGAGAGAAGGCCAGCUAAAUGGUUCAUCUGCAGCACACAGUGAAAUCAGAGGCUGUAGUACAUGAGCAGCUAGGCAUCAUCAUUAAACCGUGCUGUAAGGCCCUCCUGUGGACAGUGUUUAACCUGCAAAUGUGCAAGAACCCAACACAGCUCCCAGGAAGCACCAACACCCAGAGGCUGAAGUUUGGGGGUAGGAUGGGGGGAGGGUUUCACCUGUAACAUCAUGCCGGCUGGUUCUCUGCUGCCUGGUUCAAUUCAAGAACACAUACGUGACAUCAAGACCCAAUGCAGUUCCCACUCACCCCCAGGCUGGACAUGCGUGUGUGUAUACCACAGACCAACGUGAUGCCUCCAGGCUACACUGCAGCUCUGCAGGACGGACUUGGGGAGCUGGAAGUCAUGGCGUCAAGCAGUCUCUUGUUGCAGUUUUGUACUCGGUUUUUCAUUAAGCUUAAUGGCUUUUUUAAAACAUGACUUGAAGUUCUAGUUUUCUAGAUCUUUUACAGUGUACAGUAUUUUACAUAACUGAGCUGUAUUAAAAGCUUGUUCAUUUA